AAACAUUUCGAAGAUUCACUAUCCUGAAAGGUGCCGCCUCUUUUCCAGUCCUGAGAGUUCCAGUUUGUCUUAAAGUCUGAAGUCAUCAGACACCUUCAGGCCCUUCAGCAUCUAUCCCAGUACAGGAAUGCUCUCAAUAUUGGUCACCGUGGGCUUUCUCUGCACAACCACUGCCAUUGCUGAAGUAAUGGAAGUGACUCAGCCAGCAAUGGUGCUGGCCAACAGGCAAGGAGUCGCCAGCUUGGUGUGUAAAUACAAGAACAUCGGGAAUGCAAAGGAAAUUCGAGUGACUUUGCUUAAACAGACUGGCGACGGGUUCACAGAAAUCUGUGCUUCAUCAUACACCACGGAGUUCAAAACAUUCUCUGUGGAAGAGGUCAUUGAGUGUCAUGUUACCCCUGGCCAAAACAAUGUGACCCUUACCCUGGCUGGCCUGCAAGCAGAUGACACCGGGCUUUACAUUUGCAAGAUGGAGCGGAUGUACCCCCCACCCUAUUUUAUGAACAAGGGAAAUGGGACACAUCUUUAUGUCAUUGAUCCAGAACCUUGUCCAGACACUGCCAUAUAUCUCUGGGUAUUAGGAGCUACUGCCUCAGGAUUUUUUCUUUACAGUAUCAUCAUCUCAGCCAUUCUUGUGGGCAAAGCGAUAAAGAGAAGACGAUGUCUCACUACUGGAGUCUAUGUGAAAAUGCCUUCUGAAAAGCUAGAGAAAAAAGUGAUUCCAUUCCACAUCACUGUUAACUGUAACAAGGAAAAAGAGAAACCACUUCCUAGCUGGGAUGGAAAGUGUCCUAAUUAAUUUCAGUUAAAGAAAUAAAUUAACUAACUGUCUUUUUACAAAAGGUGUACAGGGAGGUGAGAGAAUAUUCUUUUUAACUUCUAUGGUUUGGAGGAGAAUAAGUAGAAUAUGUAU